AUGGCACAUCAAACUUCCCAGCAAAGUGGCCCCUUACAGCUGGUUCGCGCCCCAGAGCGUCCCGACUUCACUGGCAGGAAAUCCGUCUUCUUAGCCGGAACCACAACCAAGAAGGGGGAUGAGCCCGACUGGCGUGACAACUUGGCCAGACAACUCUCGCGUCUUCCCAUCACAGUCAUCAACCCGAUCCCACCCAACUGGACUGACUGGCCGGAAGAGAUAACGUUCGCACCCUUCCGGGAGCAAGUCGAAUGGGAACUGGACAUGCAGGAGAGGGCAGACAUAGUCCUGAUCUACUACGGACCUGAUACACUUGCGCCUGUCAGUCUGCUGGAACUGGGGCUCUGUGCGCCCACCAAGAAGGCCAUUGUGUGCUGUCACAGGGAUUAUAACAAGAGGGGCAACGUCCAGAUUGUCGCUAAGAGAUACGGCAUCGAGUUCUUGGAGAAUGAGAAGGAUAUGGCGGCUGCCGUGAUCAGGAAGCUCGGUUCUCUGGAUAGCUAG